CUAUCACAAGUCACCACCAGUUUGUGUUUUCCACCGUCGUGUCGUCGGAUGCAUAUCAUGAAAUUCAUCGUCGAAACGGACAGAAUCCGUUCGAUGUUACAACUGUUUGGAACUAUUAAAACCAGUCCGAUCGUUCUAUCUGUUAAAGCCAUCGCAUGUGAAGGAACUGUAACUGUAACCGUAAGGUUGUAAAAAAAAUUUACCAGUUACCGUCGAUUAUUCUCCGUGCGCCAGAGGAACAAUCGACUAUGAUUGGCCAGUUUUCUUACGGUUACUUACAGUUAAAAUUCUUCCACGUGCAGUGGCUUUUACUUCGUAGCAUAUGCGGUUAGGUUAAACUGACCACUCCCUACUUACCACUCCCACUCCACGAUGGAUCCUACGAUUGAGAGUAGUCGGGUAGUAAAAGUCUGUGUAAUGUGAAGCUGCGUAAUAGUGUAAUAUCAAUGAAUAGAACAGCCGAUAUCGAAGCUGGUGAGCGACGCAGUGUAUCACCAUACACAGAGAACAUCUCAUUCGUGGUUGCGAAACUGCGAAGCAACAUAUCGAGCCACGCAAUGGAGCAUCACGUGGCGAAAGUGGACCUUCUGGUCCACUUCAUCUUUCUACCUGAUUUCUGCCGAAAUGGUUGCGGACUUGGAAAGGCUUGCGAGGUUCUCUCGGCAGACCCACAGACCCGGGAAGACUUCUAUUUGAGCAUUAUCAUGGAUCAACGGAAUCUCGCCCACGAGAAAAAAUGCAGAGACAAAGGAAAGCACGAUCGUCCCUAUAGAGGAAAAUAUUACAACGAGCGUUACCAACAGCUUCGACCACACUACUGUAAAAUCGCUAGUCGAUCGAUUAGUUGUCAUAAAAUUUCUAUAGAAAAUCGAUAGUCCAUUGUACAGGUUUCUGUAGUAUAAAAUACAAGGUACAAGGAACACGGUAAAUUGUUCCUUCAAAUUUACUACUACGAUGCAUUCUACGAAUCACUACGAGAUUAUUAAUCAUCAUAUAAAGUGACAACAAAUUCUUAUUCGCGUAUUACGUAAGAUAACAAAUAUAAACGUGCACUGGGAAAUACUUGUGCUGGGUGCUGCGGCUGUUGUCUCGUUGCGAAAAGCGUUAAUCAAACAUAAGUAUUAUGAUUUCAAGAUGUGGCCCUAUUAACCAUCACGCAUCUAACAUAGUUAUCGAAGCACCACGUUUGUCAAUAGAUAUUUUAAGUUGUGUCCAGGUGUCCAAGUAAAUAUAUUCAUAGAAUAUUCAUCGUUCGACGUGGUCGGGAUGUUUGUCGGAUGGGCUGAAAUCAUGACACUUCUACAAAUCGUAUGCUUUGUAAAUUUGUAAAUGUCGUAGAUAUUUUGCCGCGAUGCAUUUACCGACGUAGUCUCACGGGUGCAUAACAUGUUUGUUUGGUAACUUAAGGUAAACUCGGAAAUUGCGUGGUCGAGUGAUGAACAGAUCGUCGCAGCCUUUGCUGUUUGCAACAAGAAUAUCUGCUUAGAGUACAUGCAUACGCUAUGCUUUAUGCGAUAAUUAGAUCUCUCUAUUCAUUGAACAAUCGUAUCCGAAAAUCUCAACUUGAUAUUUAUUACAAGAGGGCUGUACAUAUUUAAUUUUCAUUGCCGAAGGCUUUUACACGACGAUAAACAACGCGCCUAGGCAAACUGAUCGUUUCGACUCGCGAUGUAUGACGGACGAUUUUGUCCGAAAUGAUUUACUUUAAAUCACCGAUAUUCUCUUUGUGUGUGUGUGUGUGUGUUUGUGUGGGUGCGUGCGUGCGUGCGUGCGCAUGGGACAUGUGUGUGCGAGCGUGCGUGCAUGAGUGCGUGCGUGCUUGCUUAUUUGCUUGCUUGCUCGUAUGCGUGCAUCAAGUGCUUCAAAAUUUGAAAUGGUGACAAUAAGUAAUAUUUUUAUAAUUACGUAUAAAAAAAUUAUAACUUAAUAUGUAUUAUAAUUACGUAUAAAAAAAUGUAUUGGAACUUUAAUGCAUAUCUUGGCAUAUCGAGAUGGUAUAAUAUAUCGACAAUUUGUAAUAAAUAAAGUUGCACACAUAUAUAAUUUUCUCCUA